ACGGUAUUGACUCAGAGGGCUAUCUGUCGUGUCCCGUGUUAUUACACAGCAAUAUUUGGGGUGGCGCGCCUGUCGCCCGAGUGUGUUUGCUGCUCGGAAGCUUCUGCACAGAGAUGGCAAGAGAACCGUAGCAGACUGUGGGGCCUAUACGGUUGGGCAAUUUACCGACAACCGUAACGUUAGAGCCGCAGAGACGCAGAGAGUAGGAAAGGAGCGGAUCAACGGACAGGAGGAACCAUGGGACACGGAGUGGGCUGAACCAGAGGGUCUAGCAGCACACACCAAUUGUUUCCCACUGUGGUGUAUGACAUGGCCACGGCCUCAUCUAGAGCAGAGUCUAGCCAUAACCACAGCGGAACGACACAGCUCCAUGCCAUUGUUUCCUGUGCCAAAAUCAAGAGGAAGAAGAGCCUGUUUGGGACUGCCAUUUAUGUGGAGGUGACAGCGGAGGGGGAGUCGCGCCGCACAGUGAAGUCUCAUAGCUCCUCCAGUCCUAAAUGGGAUGAGAGGCUCACUCUGAAUGUAACACCGCACACACAGGUGGAUUUCAAAGUAUGGAGUCACCACACUCUGAAGGCAGAUGCUCUGCUGGGCAAAGCCACGCUGGACCUAAUUCAAGCCCUGGAGAAGCAUGACAGGAAAUUGGAGAAUGUGAAGGAGGUGCUGAAACUGAGCGUGGAGCAGAAGGGGGCUCCGGUUCCCGCAGGGGAGCUGACUGUCUACCUAGAUGGCCUGACUAUCACUGACCAGGAGGAACUGGCACCGCUUACCAACGGCAAUGCAGCAAAUGGCACCAAAGUCCAACAAAAUGGUGAUGCCAUCCAUGAAAAUGGAGACUCUUCCUCUUCUUCCUCAAGGGCUGCCAACAGCACAGUGAAUGGUACAGACUUGGGCCCGAGGUCAAGUUCCUGUUCGGCCUCCAAUGGUGUGGAUGGUCAGGUGCCUUCCAGCUCCUGCAGCCCCGCCCUUGAUCACAUCGUCAAUGGAGAUGCUACACCCAACUCCACCCCAGUCCACCAACCCUCAGACAGUGACACAGAGUGUCGGACUGUCAAUGGGGAGCCCUGUGAUGCUGCUCCCGAGCCAUCAUCCUCCACAACAGAUGUGUUGCCCCCUGCAGAUGACCAUGAGGACUGCAAUCAAGAUGCUACCCAGCCAGACCCUGACAUAGCACCAAAUAGCACAUCUCAAACCCUGCCAACCUCCACACAGGCUCCAACAUCCUCCUCCUCUUCUGCUGCUAAGCCUAUUGAUGGCACUGCUGCUGCUGCUGCUGCUGCUGCUGCUGCUGCUUCCUCCUCCACAUUCGCCUCCCCAGCACAGGGGGCCACCUCCUCAUCAUCGUCCACUUCCUCCCCAGCAAUUGGAGAAGCGAAUGCUUCAGGAGGUGGUGGUGCGAGCAGUAGUAGCAGUGCAACUGUAACAACAGACGGGGCAAAGCCCAGGCAGCAGGUCCCCAGUGCUGGAGCCCCAGAUCCUCUGCCACCGGGUUGGGAGCAGAGGAAAGACCCGCAUGGAAGAACUUACUAUGUAGACCACAACACCAGAACUACGACCUGGGAAAGACCACAGCCACUACCACCAGGUUGGGAGCGCCGAGUGGAUGACCGAGGCAGGAUCUAUUAUGUGGACCACAACACCCGCACCACCACAUGGCAGCGUCCCACCAUGGAAUCAGUCCGCAACUUUGAGCAGUGGCAGAGCCAGCGCAGCCAGCUGCAGGGAGCUAUGCACCAGUUUAACCAGAGAUACCUCUACUCUGCAUCCAUGAUGUCUGCUGAGAAUGAUCCUCUUGGCCCGCUACCUCCUGGUUGGGAGCGGCGUGUGGACUCCAAUGACCGAGUGUACUUUGUCAACCAUAACACCAAGACAACGCAGUGGGAAGACCCCCGAACCCAAGGGCUACAGAAUGAGGAUCCUCUUCCUGAAGGUUGGGAGAUCCGGUACACAAGGGAAGGCGUUCGUUACUUUGUGGAUCACAACACCCGAACCACCACUUUCAGUGACCCCCGCACUGGAAAGUCGUCUGUCACCAAAGGCCCUCAGAUUGCGUAUGAGCGCAGCUUUCGAUGGAAGCUUGCUCAUUUUCGCUACUUGUGCCAGUCCAAUGCUCUCCCUAGCCAUGUGAAGAUCACUGUCUCAAGGCAGACAUUGUUUGAAGACUCUUUCACGCAAAUUAUGGCCCUGAAGCCUUAUGACUUGAGGAGGAGACUCUAUGUUAUCUUCAGAGGCGAGGAGGGUCUAGACUAUGGUGGCUUAGCCCGAGAGUGGUUCUUCUUGUUGUCCCAUGAAGUGCUGAACCCCAUGUACUGUCUGUUUGAGUAUGCGGGCAAGAGCAACUACUGUCUGCAGAUCAACCCGGCCUCUGCUAUCAACCCGGACCACCUCUCCUACUUCUGCUUCAUAGGCCGAUUCAUCGCAAUGGCACUUUUCCACGGCAAGUUCAUCGACACAGGCUUCUCUCUGCCCUUCUACAAACGCAUGCUGAACAAGAAGCUAAUACUCAAAGACCUGGAGUCCAUUGACCCAGAGUUCUACAACUCACUCAUAUGGAUCAGGGACAACAACAUUGAAGAGUGUGGUCUGGAGAUGUACUUCUCAGUGGACAUGGAGAUCCUGGGGAAGAUUACUUCUCAUGACCUCAAAGCCGAUGGCGCCAAUGUUCUAGUCACCGAGGAGAACAAGGAGGAGUAUAUCAGUCUAAUGGCAGAGUGGAGGUUCUCCCGCGGGGUAGAAGGUCAGACCAAAGCUUUCUUGGACGGCUUCAACGAGGUCGUUCCUCUUCAGUGGCUGCAGUACUUUGAUGAAAAGGAGCUUGAGGUGAUGCUGUGUGGCAUGCAGGAGGUAGACCUUCAGGACUGGCAGAGGAACACGGUGUACCGUCACUACACAAGGAACAGCAAACAGAUCAUCUGGUUCUGGCAGUUGGUGAAAGAAGUGGACAAUGAAGUGCGGCUGCGGCUCAUGCAGUUUGUCACAGGGACGUGCAGGCUUCCUCUGGGCGGCUUCGCUGAACUCAUGGGAAGUAACGGGCCCCAGAAGUUCUGCAUUGAGAAGGUGGGGAAGGACACGUGGCUUCCUCGGAGCCACACAUGUUUCAACCGUCUGGACUUGCCUCCCUACAAGAGCUUUGAACAGCUGAAAGAGAAGCUGCUCUUUGCCAUCGAGGAAACGGAAGGAUUUGGCCAAGAAUAGAGGGAGGAGUCCGCUUGUAUCUCUCUCCCUCCCCAUCGCUGUUUAUUCAGCCAAGUAAAACAAACUAAAAAAAGACAAAAAGGAAUUGCACAAGAUAACCACCAAUGUAUAUAAGCUAUUUUGUCAUUUUAAACCAAAUCUUAAUUUGCAGCAUCAUUUUUGCAGCAAUCCCGUUCCCCAGCCCUUAAAUAUGAUAUGAUACCCCAUCAUGAAAUAUGCAAGCAUUUCAGCAUUUUUGCUCCUCUGUUUAAAAACAGAAAUCAUGGAUAUUUUUUUAAUUUCCUCCCCACUGCUGACUGGCUUUUUAAAAGAGACUGAAAGUGUUUUUGAGAGGAUUUUAUAGUUGAAGCGCAAUCUUCUUUUAAAGCUCUAGUUCUAUAGAGCUUCUAAAUGGCAAGAAUAGUAUUGGGGUCUGGUGCCUGAAUUUUAUUUCCCCCAUUGGACUCAUAGUAAUUGUUGCAAUUUUUGCGUGCUUGCAUGGCUGCCUCUGAGGAUGAGAAGACUGCUGUGACCACCCUCUACCACCACCUAUACACACGCAAAGACAUUUAAGCAUGGACGCUCCGUCUCUCAAUGAGCUUUUUUACCAUUAUCAUCAAAAAGGAGUUCAGUCUGAAGCAGGUGAAGCAGAGGAUACGCUGUCAUACAGUUUUUACCUUAAAGAGAUUCUGGACUCAUGCCCGGAGUAAGAAGCAUCAUCGGAUCAUUGGAUUAAGACACGAGUCAGGAAAAAAGGCCGUCACGGAGAAAGGCUACGAUAUGAAAAGAAAUAUGGGGACUCAAGGAAAAUAUCCUGAAUCAAAGUAAAAGAGCGAAUUGUGAGUGUGGUGGCAGUGAAGGCUGUGGUUCACAGCUCUGAUGUUUAAGCCAUGGACACUGGACAUGUCCCACACCAGCUAGACAGCAGCCCUCUGCUCUAGUUGGCAAGUAAGAUACACACCAGGACGGCGAUGGAGUUGUUUGGGAAAGUUGUCGCAGCAAAAGAGAUAGACGGACUCUGGCUCAACAGGUCGUGUGUGUGCUUGCUGAUUCUCUUUUGCCUCUUUGAACUUUGAUCUCGGACUAUGAAGCGUCCCCAGUCCUGUGAAGCCACUGUGGUUUACAGAGCAACAUACAUCAUUCUGCUUAUUUGAUAACAUGAAGAGCACAUGACCCCUCAAUUAUAGGUUUCACAAUAGACAAACACCCUGACAGUGGAUCUUGUCAUGAAACAUCACUAUAACUUGAUGCACACAGAGUGAGAACAAGGGCUGGGCGAUAUAACGACCGUGUACGAUAUAUCAAUACGUUUUCAAGCACGAUAUAAAGUUAGACAAUACCCUUUAUAUCGAUAUAGGGUCAAGUUGCAUUACAAUACGCAUACCAUUGUUUAAUCUGUCUGUUCAUUAGUCUACAGUGUGACAUGAGUCUAUAUGUUGCGCGUGCUACGCUAAAUCAGUCUGUGAGAUGAAUGAAAUAACCGCAGUAGCACACGUGCAGUACAGCACUGUGCUGCAUGUGUGCUUGAUUGCGUGAGGUUAGCUUUUGUUUCCAAGGUGUAGCCCAUCACUGUUCUUAUUGGUAGUUGUAGUCUACUGUGUGACACUCAGACAGCGCCUGGAUGCAGACGACAGAUGUGUUUUCAGAAACACAGCGACAACACAGAUGUCUCAUAUACAAGACGUAUAUAACGAGGACAGAGUGUCUCUGUCUCCUUUCCUUCCUUGGCCUCUCUGUUGAUGCUCUGUGCAUAAAUAAGAUUGAUAGCCGAAAUAAAUGAAAAAUAUUUAAAUCAUUUUCCAGCUCCUGAUUCAUUUGAAAGGCCAACAGAUGGAAAACGACUUUUUAAUUCCCCACACAAAAUUUUUCAUUUCUCCAAACAAUAAAAUGGAUUUAGGGCUCUACUUGAUACUUUUAUACUCAUGUUAUAAUUUUGCGUCCUUUGCUUCAAACCUUUAAACCUUUGUAGCUCCAGUGUUGUGUGCAAAAAGUUCACGUACAGCCCUGCUAUUUAUUCUAUAGCUUGUCAUACUUUGGUUCAUUUGAACAUGCAGCCUAUUUUGUAAAAAAAAAAAAAAAAAGUCAUGUAUCGCCAUUCAGCCUGAAAAUACCGAAACAUGAAUUGUUGUCUAUGUCGUCCAGCCCUAAUGAGUACUGACAGCUUGUUACAUCUUGUAUUGUAGUAAGGUCCACAGGACAUCUCAUUCUUAUGAAUGUACAUUUGUACAUCCUCAUUUCUUACCCACCAAUAACUAAAAGCAACUGAAGCCAAUGUGGCAUAAAAAUGAUUGCAUCAUUACAGAAAUGUCAUUAUCAAGGCAGUAAGUGUCGUUCAGUGUGCCAUAGGUAAUGAGGUUUUUAAAUUUUUGUCAGUGUUCAUAAAGUGAAUAGAGACUGAAAAAUAUCAAAUUUCAUGUCUUGAUUGACAUGAAAGCACCAUAUACAAAUACUGCAUGCAGGCAGCACAGAGUGGAAACUGGCCAAUUAAAAUAAAAUAAGCAUAAAUACAUUUUUGAGGGGUUGAUAGGUCUACUAGAAAUUGUGGGCUUCUGAAAGUGCUACCUGUGUCAUGAGCCUGUAUGGCAUUAUCGGUCACAUACAGUGUGUAUCUGCUCCUCGGCUGUGCGGUCAACAGUAUGACUGCAGUUGAGUUUCCAGCCGCAGUGCAGAGCCCUCCUGAGAUCAUACAGUUUAAUUUAUUCAGCCCGUGUUCAAUCUCAUUAUUAGUUUUUGUGCUGAGAUGAGACAGCCUUAGGUUAAGAGAUCUGUGUGAGUGUGUGUCAGUAAAUAAAACCUAGCCUUUUUUUUACAAACAAAUCAUGAUUAUAAAACUUAAUUAUUUUAUAAGUUAAUGAGACACUAAAGUGCCACAGACCAAAUAACGUGUGGAAAGCUUCCCCAGUGCAGCUGCUCAGCAGCGGAAGGCCUGUCUGGAGACCGACGCAGCAUUGCAGUGCUACAUGUGUGUUUUUGUUUUUGCACCCUCACUUGUCCUUUCUUUCCUUCAGUGCUUCAGGGGACAUGUCCUUUGUUUUUCAGAACGUCACAUCUAACUCCGUUGUUUCUAAACUCUGGUGCUUAUUCUUUGAGUCAGUGGUCUUAACGCAGCAGUGGCAGGCCAUUCUCGUUUUCUCUAGCAUUGUGUUUUUUUUUUUUUUUCCCAGACCACUGCAAACAGCAGCAAGCUGCUUUAGACUUUUACUGGGAGGAGCUUGUGAUUAUUCAAAUUAUCAGUCACGUAUAUAACAUGUACUCAGCUGUCCCUGUGGAGGAGUUUGAGGGAGGGACGACAGUAUGAAGAAAUCAUUUACUGUAGCAAAAGGAGCCGACUUAAGAGAAGUCAAAAUAACUUUGUGCUUCCUUUUGAACAGAAACCUGUAAUCAAGGAAAAUCAACUGUGUAUGUGAAUAUUCAUUGUAUAAAGAUAACGAAAGUAAAUAAAGUACUUAAAUAUUAUAAUUAAUUACACAGAGCCGCCGCUCCAUUGAUGGAAAUCUGUGAUGCCUUUGUUCUUAUCAGACAUGGAUGGGACGUUUCAGGUUGCCUUCACUGUCGCCAGUAACUGAAGCAUCACCUGGACAGGUGUGUCCUCUCAAAGCUGACUCGUGAUACUGUGCAUCAUUUCAGUACAUGAUAAUGCAGCAGGAAGCUUGUUUGUGUGCUGACUGCGGUCGAGGCCGUCUGAAACGCAUCCAAACUGUAACAUAUCGCGUGUAGAUACACACUGUAAACACCACCUACACUGUACAGAAUGCCCCUUUACUGGAGACGAUGUGUAUAGAAGAUUCAUUUUUAAUCUGCUUUCACCCAUUUUAAUGAAGAGAGAUGGAUUUAUGAGAUACAAAUAAAUAAGUGAAUAAACCCCCUUCAUGACCACGCUUUCUUUCUUGUUUUUGUUGUGUGAUUAUCGGGGGACGAGAGGCCUUCUGCUCAGGAUUCACAACAAAACUGUUGGCAACUUUUAUUCUGUUCUCAGAGAAAAUAACACAAUGUGCUCUUGGUUCAUCCUCUGUUUUGAAUUGAUCUUGCCUGUGGAAAGAACCAUAUUUAAUAAAUGUAUCUGACCAUCUUUA